CUAAACCGACCAAUGCUCAUCCUUGAAAGAAAGCAGAAUAAUAACUAGAGUGGACUUAUCCAAAUUUGUUAUCUACUCUAUGUUGGUUUGAACAUUCAACCUGGUUCCAUGUGAAAAAGGAGCCAUAUAUGAGGCCAGAAUUAAUAAUAUAUACCAUAAAUAAGGCAAAUUAAAAGAGGAACAACAAUAGCAAAGAAGCAUGGGCAACUGGUGUAGUUCUCAUCCUACAAGUGAACUGCAGAACAAGAGGCUUGUUUCAAUUGAUGCAGAAGAUGCAACUCAUGAAGGGAUAAGAACAGUUGGAGUUCAAAAGAUCUGCGAAUUCUCGACCAGCUCCGCGUUAUCUGUGUGCAUUGUGACAUGGAAUAUGAACAACAAAAUGCCGACCGAGAAUUUAUCUAAGUUAGUGAGCAGCGAUCGAAAGUUCGAUCUUUUGGUGGUUGGGCUACAAGAAGCACCAAGAUGUAAUCUUGCUCAGGUUCUACAAGCAGCUAUUGCUGACACCCAUAUCUUACUAGGAGAAACAACCAUGCAAUCUAUACAGCUGUUUCUUUUCGGUGCGAAGAGCUCGACGAAAUAUAUUAGAGAAAUGGAGGUGGAUAAAGAAUCAGAUGGAGGAUGUGGGGGGUUGAUAAGGAGAAAGAAGGGAGCAGUGGCCAUGUACAUCAACUUUAGCGGCAUUCGCAUGGUCUUCAUAUCAUGCCAUCUUUCAGCUCAUGAACACAAGGUGGACGAGCGGAACUCGCAGUGUCGGCACAUAUCUCACUCUCUCUUCUCUAAGGAUCACAAUCGGUACGUGGAAUCGUCGCACGUCACGGUUUGGAUGGGAGAUCUCAAUUACAGAUUGCAAGGAAUAAGCACAAUGCCUGCCAGAGGUUUAAUCCACAAAAAUCUUCAAAAUAUGCUUACUAACAAAGACCAACUUCUACAAGAAGCUGAAAAGGGGCAAGUGUUCAAUGGAUAUUGCGAAGGGACCUUAUCAUUUAAGCCUACAUACAAGUAUAAUGUUGGUAGUAGUAACUAUGAUACAAGCUACAAGAUUCGAGUACCUUCGUGGACCGAUCGGAUCUUGUUCAAGGUCGAUCAUUUGGGUAUCGACGCAACCUUAGAUUCGUACGAAUCGAUCGACUGCAUUGAGAGCUCGGAUCACAAGCCAGUGAAGGCCCAUCUUUGUUUGAAAGUGAACAAUGAAUAAAAUUCUUUUGUUGUGU